AGAAAAUGAGAAAACUUCCAGAACCAAAUAGUGAAUUAAGACUAAUAAAAUGCACAGAAUCCCCAAAUCUAGUAUCUGAAUGGGAGCCCUAGCCCUCACCCGAAUCCCUCGGUUUCUCCCACUUUCGGAUCCUCCGUUUCUCCCUCUUUUUCGCCGGUGGCUGAAACCCCCUUACGCUACCCUUUAAUUUAAGUUUUAUUGCUUUUCAUUUCAAUUUUUUUUUUGUUUUCUUUUAUAGAUAUAGAUGGGAAAUCCGUUUAUUGUACGGAGGAUACAGAAAUAGGGAUAGAGAUAGAGAGGGAAAGAGAUUUUAGAGAGAAAGAGAUGGAGAAUGGGGCAGGAAUAGAUGGAGGAGGAGUCGGGUCGAUCGUGUGGGUACGCAGGAGGAACGGAUCGUGGUGGCCGGGGAAGAUACUGGGGCCUGAAGAGUUACCGGCUUCACACCUUGCGUCUCCAAGGAUUGGAACUCCAGUCAAACUUCUUGGCAGAGAGGAUGCCAGCGUCGAUUGGUACAAUUUAGAAAAGUCUAAGCGUGUGAAGGAAUUUCGAUGUGGGGAGUUCGAUGAUUGCAUUGAAAGGGCAGAAUCCUCACAAGGUGUGCCACCCAAGAAAAGAGAGAAAUAUGCUCGACGGGAAGACGCUAUCCUUCAUGCGCUUGAACUUGAGAAGGAAUUAUUGAGAAAACAAGGAAAAUUGGAUAGACCUUCUAAUGCAAGAAGUAAAUCAUCUGGUUCUGCUAAGAAGGAUUCUUGUGGUUCAGAUAUUAGUAAUGGAAAACCUGGGAACACAAAAUCAAUUCAAUCCAGGAAUCAAGAUACUUCCAUCAAGGGUGAGACAGUGAGUAGCCCUGUACUUUUGCAAAAAGAUCAAGCCAGAAAUCUGCCAAGUUCCGAAAAUGAUCACGCUGAAAUCAUACCUCGGAUGAGAGAAAUGCAGGAUAUGGGGCUCAAGACUGCAUGUGCAAAGCAAAAGCUUACAUCUUUCAGUGCUUUGGAUGAUGAUACUCUAUCUCCUUCAACAAGGGUUCCCAGCAUGGGAAGACCUGCGCACAUUAAUGGAGAGCAGCGAAUGGAAGGUGUUCUCCGAGCAAAGAGGAGCAAAUGCAUGUACUUCCCACCCGAGUCUUUUGAUGUGUUGGAUUAUAAAGAAAUUCUUCGAAAUCAAAUUGAGAUGUCACCUUCCCAUUUUCUGGAAUGUGAUUCUUAUCCUUUUCAUAGGCUCUUGAUUGAAGAUGAUUCUAGUGAGUUCUUGGAAGAUGUUGAAUCUGGUUCUUCUGAAUCAACUUCCUCUGAAUCUGAGUCAGAGUCUGAUUCUUCCGAGACCGAACCAGAUAUGGAUGAGGAUAUCACUUCACACUCAGGUGCUACUAUAUGUAUGGAUGCUCGAUUGGGUGCCUUUCAAAGACUCGACACACUAGGAGGUGGAAGCAUGGGCCAGGGGGAGUCUGAUGAGUCAUCUCUUUCUGGCGAGAUGUCUCACUUUUAUCCUCAUGAUCCUCAUUCUGUGAAUGAAGCGGUGUCUAAAUGGCAGCUUAAAGGGAAAAGGAACUUACGGAAUCUGGGAAAAAGAUCCAUGGAUGCAUCACAGAUAAGAGGUUAUGAUGGAUAUGCUCCUGGGUUACAUUCGGAAGAACGAGGAAUGUUCAGAAAAAGGUUGUUAGGUCAGACUUAUUGUAGAAAUCAUGACUUCGACAAUGAUGUUGAUGUGGCUGGUUUGAGUGCAAAAGAUUUUGGAGCCCAAAUGUUUGGUUUUGAUGGUACAGGAUCUUUAUAUAUGCCAAGGGAUUCAUCCAGAAGUAGAGAUAGUUUCGAUCGUAACAUCCAUGAUUGGGAAGGCAUGCGAUGGGAAAACCAUGCUGCUGAGAGAAACGAGUGGGAGAAUGAAGUGUGGCAUUUUGAUCCAAAAUUUUCUACCCAUCGAAAUUUUGGUGGGAAAAGAAGAUCUAUAUUGAUAGAUAUUGAUUUGAAUGUCCAAGCAAGCUAUCAGAAAGAACCUGUACCUAUAGUUUCAUUGAUGAGCAAGUUGGAUGGGAAGGCAAUAAUAGGGCAUCCCAUUCAAAUUGAAGCUCUAGACGACAAUUCAACUGAGACUCUUCUCUCCGCUAAUGGUUAUUUCAGUAAUGGGCUAAUGAACAAUGGAUACACAUCUCUUCCGCCAGCAUGGAGGACUGCCAAGAGGACAAAUUUUAGGGUCCCACGUCCUCACCGACCAUUUGCAGUGGGUAGUUAUGAAGGUGGUGAAUAUCAUUCCUUGAAUCAUGAACGAAAACCACCUUUUAAGAAGUACAAUGUAGUAAGUCCCAAUCACAGUGCAGCCCUGGUUAAAAAGAGAAUCUCUCAUGUUCCAGUCUUUCCUACAGACAGGCAGUUACAAAGAAAGUUACCAAAGAAAGUAAGCUUAUUUUCUAGCCCGAAAACAAGAACAUUGUCAUCGAUUGGUAUAGAACAUACUCUCAUAUCUAAGCCCAUACAUGAUAGUGGUAAUUGUCAAAUGGAGGGAUCAAUCAAACCAGAGUCAUCUGGACUCACAACAGUGGUCUGCAUACCUGUCAAACUAGUAUUCAGUAGGUUACUUGAAAAGAUCAAUAGGCCACCUUCAAAAGCAGCUAAUAAAGUGAUUCUCUCCACUAGUGAUGCAGUAAGAGAUCCGUCCUAGAUUACAUUGUACAUUGAUAGAAGAAAAAUUAAAUACUUGAGCAAAAUACGCAUUGCUAAUUUCCUCUUUUUGACGAAAAGCAUUCCCACCAACACUUAAUUGUCAGCUUCGUCAAGGUGAGGUGCUUGUUUUGAUUCCAAUAAUUAGAUCGACCAGGUAAUGGGCAUAGAAACUAAGCUCUAUAUUAUGAGUAUAUUGAUUGCUUGUAGUGAUUUUAGGCUUUCAAUAUCUGCUUAUAAGGGAUUAAUAGAGGAAAAGUGUUGUCAGCUAGCUAACAGGUAAUUUAAAAUUAUCAAGGUGGUCUUUAGGAGUUUGCCUUGAUAUAUAUAUCUGGGGCCAACCUAUUCUUUUCUUUUUUUGUCUAGAAAGACCACUGUAAAGUUGUGGAUUUUCUGUUCUUGUUAAAGCAGUCAGGAAGUGGAUGUUUAGUUUUACCUAUGUUACUUGGAGUUGGAGGGUAAGGGUCAGAACUUGGUUUGUGUGAAUAUGUGUUUGAUAUAAGUGUACCAACACGAGAGGAAAAUUGAAAAAGUUGGGGUAACAUAGGUUUUAUCGGUGUAAGUAAGAGGAGAGAAGCUGGAGAUUGUUAUUUACUUGUAUUUCUUCUCAUUUUACGUUUCGUUUUUGUGAUUUGUGCACAUAUUAUACUGCAA